CCAUGCAAAGUCAGGCACAGCUUUGUUCAACCAAGGAGAUGAAGGAAAGUCCUGGUACAUUAUACUGAAGGGGUCCGUGAAUGUUGUUAUAUAUGGCAGGGUAAGUCCUAGUACAUAAUACUGAAGGGGUCUGUGAAUGUUGUUAUAUAUGGCAGGGUAAGUCCUAGUACAUAAUACUGAAGGGGUCUGUGAAUGUUGUUAUUUAUGGCAGGGGAAGUCCUGGGACAUAAUACUGAAGGGGUCUGUGAAUUUUGUUAUAUAUGGCAGGGGAAGUCCUGGUACAUUAUACUGAAGGGGUCCGUGAAUGUUGUUAUAUAUGGCAGGGGUGUUGUCUGCACGCUACACGAGGGAGACGACUUUGGGAAACUUGCCUUACUGAAUGAUUCACCAAGAGCGGCCACCAUCGUGCUUCGGGACGACAACUGUCACUUUCUGCGUGUCGAUAAAGAUGACUUUAAUAGAAUUCUAAGGGAUGUAGAGGCGAACACGGUACGGCUAAAGGAACACGGAAAGGAUGUGUUGGUACUGGAGAAGAUCCCCAUGAACAACCAAGGACCUGAUGGUACCACACAGACCCAUUAUAGGUACUCUGUGAUGGCGGGAACGCCAGAGAAGAUGUUGGAACACUUACUGGAGAGCAGUCUGGAGAGUAAGAUUGAGGAGGCUACAGAUAACUUCCUGGAGGUGUUCCUACUCACACAUGUGAUAUUUAUGCCGAGUGACCAACUGUGUCCGGCCCUCCUGGCCCAUUAUCAUGCCAAGGUCAACCGAAAGUCUGAUGAGGAGGAGUCCGCUGAUUAUGCAGUAACGCAGCGCAAGUUUGUAGUUCAGUUUGUGCAGGAGUGGUUUUGUAUCGCCCCUGACAGCUUUAAAGAAGAUGCUGCCAUCAGGGAAUUCCUACAGAAGCUGCACGAAUCCCUGAAGGCUGAUUGUCAUGAAUAUCCGUCCCUUAUACACGAACAUACAUCUCUGGAAGACAUCAUGAAAUAUGACAAAGGUCGAAUGCAAGUGGAGAAGCCGUUUAAGCGUAGGAUUUCCCCGUCCGUCAUUCUCACUCGCAGAUUCAACAAGGAGAACACGAUGGAGACACUAACCAGACGACGACCAAUCAAAGCAGAUGAUGAAAAUGUGUUUAAGGUGUUCUGUGCUGACCAUUCCUACACUACACUAUGUAUGCCUAUGGGCAGUACUGUCAAGGCCAUCAUACUACAAACCCGCGACAACCUGCGCCUUGGAAAUGACCUCGUCCUGUGUGAGGUCAAAUCGACUGGAGAACGUAUAAUAUUGAAAGACAACGACUUAUGUAUCACAACGUCUCUGAGUGUCAACGGAAAACUUUUCAUUGCACCCAGGGAACACAUUGAUGCUCUGACACCGUUACCGGAGCAGGAGGGUCCAACAGCUGGCACUGUGACCAUGUUUGAGAUGAUGAGUACAAAAGAGGUGGCCUACUACAUGACACUGUAUGACUGGGAACUCCUUAUCACUGUGGACGAAUAUGAACUCAUCUAUCAAGUGUUUGGUCGCCACACUUUUGGCAAGAUUACCUCAAAUCUGGACAUGUUCCUUCGGCACUUCAACGAAGUUCAGUUCUGGGUCAUCACAGAAAUGGUACUGGCUCAGAAUGUCAGUAAACGGGUACAGCUGCUGAGGAAAUUCAUCAAGUUGGCAGCGCACUGUAAGGAGUACCAGAACCUUAACUCAUUCUUUGCAAUUGUGAUGGGGCUGAGUAACAUUGCUGUGAGCAGGUUGUCGCAGACAUGGGAGAAGCUGCCCAGUAAGUUCAAGAAGAUGUUUGCAGAGUUUGAGACAUUAAUGGAUCCAACAAGAAAUCACCGUGUAUACCGACUGACCGUGGCUAAACUGGCUGCACCUAUCAUCCCCUUCAUGCCCCUCCUCAUGAAAGAUUUAACGUUUACCCAUGAAGGAAACAAAACAUAUUUUGAUGGAUUAGUGAAUUUUGAAAAAAUGCACAUGAUAGCCCAGACUAUGAGAACAGUACGCUUCUGUAAAAGUCAGCAAUUAGAUUUGGAAGCAUCGACCUCCUUAAAGUUAUCCUCAGAAGUGAUAGAAUACAUCAGAAAUCUUCAUGUUAUUGAUAAUCAGAGAUUACUGACACAGUUCUCCUACAAGUUGGAGCCUCGGAGGACUUGACGACACCAUCCAGGGGUCUGAAAUGAUGGGAGACAGUUACCAAGUAGUGGCCACUACUGGACAUUCCUUCGCACAUUGACCUGUGUAUCUUGUGCCAUACAGGGAAUAGCUGUCCAUUGAGCCAGGGCGUGCUCUAAGUCAGUCUGCCAUGGUGAUUCACUAAAACUUACCAGAUUAAAUGACAUUGAGGUGCUGCGAGUUAUCUGACCUUGGUGUACUGUGAAGGCGUUGUGCCAACCUCCAGUUGACAAAGAUACCAGACUUUACAAAGUCAGGAGAAGCUGGACACAAAAUGAUGCAAUUUGUGAAUUGUUGAUGACCAAGGCACAGUUGUGAAGGGUCUGGCUCCCCUGCUCCCAAAAUUAUGUCUGGAGUUUAUACAAGGAAACUUAUAAAACUACUACUACUAGGCCAAAAAAAAAUCACAAUGAAACGACUACUUGUACUUGACAAAGGCUAUGAUGAUACAAUCAGAUCCUGCUUCGUUUUAUAAAAGCCUGGUCUUAAAUCAAUGACCUCAUGGAAAGGGGAUUACUCAAUGAUAUCAAUAUUGAGUGAAUUUGAAUAAUACUAAUGGCUCUAUGAUGAAGAUUAAUGCUACCUACAUGUAGAUGUUUUUUCUGUUAAUAUUAUUACAGGAAAUAACAGAUAUUCAGACCACAGAACUAAUUUCUGUCAAGACAUCAUUGAUAAGGUGAUAAUAAUCCGCUAUAGAUUCAUGUUUGGUAUUCGCCUGGAAUUUCUUUGUUCCGCUGAAUGUUUGCUUGUUUCCUUUCACAGUGAUGUUUUGUUAUAGAAUUUUUUAUUGUUGAAAUUAAUGUGUUGUACUUCUGCAUAGAAGCAUUUUCUCAAAACAAUUGAUGAUGUUUAACUCAUUCACCCCUGAAAUUUCAUAAUGAAAUAUUCCAACCUCUGAAUUGGAGGAGUUCUAAUGUGUCUCCAGGGGUGAAUGAGUUAAAAUCAUUGGUAGAUAUUAAGUUGUUUUGUAAUUGGACUUGUAUACCAAAUAUGAAAGUCCCAGUGGCUCACAGCUACGAAAGAUUUGAGUUAAAUAUUAUAUUUAUGUUAACUUCAGUUGCUAUUAUAGAGGUUUAAUAUGUUUCCAAUAAUUUGUGUUAUUGGGAAACCUCUUUUGGUAAUUAACAUGUGAAGAAUUCACUUAUUGUGUUUUAGUCCUUGCCUAAUACAGAUAAAUAUAAUUAUGACUAACAAAGACUGGACAUAAAAGCAAUUUAUAUUUGAAAUCAAGAAACUUUUGAAAUAAUGAAUUUAAGAAAUUUGAUGAAGUAAAACAUGUCACUAAAAAAAUUAAUAUAAAUGAUGCAAGCAAAUGUGUUCUACAAUUUCCUGAUGUUGAUUUUUUUUUUUUCCUUCAAACUUUUUUGAAAAAUCAAUAUUAAAGGUUUUCUUAAUAAUGUACUUACUUUUUAGAUAUCAAAUACAUUGUGUUUUCAAAUCAAGUAUGGCAGACUAUUUUAAAUAUCUUGUAUUUUGGUUAUAGUUCUUUUACUGAAAAGUUUAUUUCGUUCUUUGAUUUUAUUAUGAUAUUUAUUGUGUAAUAUUGGUUAUUUUUUUGUAUGUGUAAUAUUUGGUUUUGUAAUGAUCCAUUUUGUUGUGUCAGAUGAUUUAGAAUUUUUCACCCCCUUGAGAGUGAGAUAGGGGAAUCUUUCCCCAAGGAUUGAGAUUCCCCAUCUCACCCCAAGGGGGUGAAUGAUUCAUUUUAUUCAUUGCUAUUUUAUGAUAAUUAUUAACUGAUUGGGCUUAAAUUUGGUUUGUAGAUGUAUUGUGGUAUUGCAAACACUACUGCAGCUUCUUUUUACUGAUAGGACAGAAUAGACGCCAUGUCCUGGCCUCUGAUUGGUGGCAUCUUAGAUAUUGACCAAUUUCUUUCAUGCAGGUAUACUAUGUUGUUACAAACAGUUACAAACAGUUAAUGUACAAACAGUUGGGUAUCAAAACAGUUGUUUCAUGCCUGAUCGGUCAAUAGUCAACGAGUCGGAGUUGUGACUCACCAGAUCAAUUGGCCGCUGAAUAGGGGAUAAAGUCAUCUACACUGUAUUAGGAUUUGCUAUAUUUAAGUUUUCUUCCUAAACAGGCUGGCUUUUACAUAUCGUUCAGUUGUCAAAAGUGUUAUUAUUUGGUGUUUUUUUCCAUGUUUUUUAUUAUCAUUAUUUGGUUGUUUUAUGUCAUUUUUUAUUCACAGGUUGAAAUUUGAUCCUAGUGUUACAGUAGAAUGAAGAUGUUUAAGACCAAUUAGAUUAUGAUAGCGUUAACAAUUUCUUGAUUUAUAAGUUGAUUUGAAAAGCAGUUUUUCUAAACUCAAUCUACCUUUGAAAGCAUUCUAAAAGAUCACAGGAAGACAUGAAGCACAAGGAAAUACUUUUCUAGAGUAAAGAAAAAUUGUACAGGUACAAGUAGUGAUAUGAUAAACUUGGAGGACAAGGGAAAUCCCUACAUUGUACGAUUUCUGUUGAGAAUUAAUAUUUCUAUCUGAUCAGAGGCAAGGAUUUCUAUAUGGUUUUUUUUCUUCAUUUUUUCCCCUUUCAGAUGCAUGGUCGGUUACUAUUAACAUCAAAGCUUGAAUAUCAAUUCUGACUAGCUCUACAUUUUGCUAUAGAUUGUUACUAUUUUGGUGCGACACAAAUCGUAUCCUACUGAAGGAACUACCUGCUGAAUGAUCAGGUCAUUAACUGAGGAGUAAGCCAUUAAACAAGAGUUAGAUUAAUGGAACUCCUAACAAAUGCGCUUUUAAAUUGUAUUGCAAAUCAGUUUAAAAAAGUGUAUGUAAUGUUGAAUAAAUCUACAAAGAAAUGGUUUACACUAUUGAAUUGGAGAUCAGUGUGAGAACAGUGUAUGUAUGUAUAUAGUUGGAUAAAUCUACAAAGAAUCGCAGUUACAGUAUUUAAUUAUAGAUCAGUGUAAGAUCAGUGUAUGUAUCGCUGAUUAAAUAUACAAAGAAAUGCUAUUACACUGUAAGAAAGAGUGUAUGUAUAUCAAUGGAUAAAUCUACAAAGAAUCGAAGUUACAGUAUUUAAUUAUAGAUCAGUGUAAGAUCAGUGUUUAUAUCACUGAUUAAAUCUUCAAAGAAUCGCAGUUACAGUAUUUAAUUAUAGAUCAGUGUAAGAACUGUGUAUAUAUCACUGAUUAAAUCUACAAAGAAUCGCAGUUACAGUUUUUAAUUAUAGAUCAGUGUAAGAACAGUGUAUAUAUGGCUGAUUAAAUCUACAAAGAAAUGCUGUUACAUCGAAAUCGUUGUGUUUGAGUGGAAUAUAUAUAUAUGACAUAUCAAGAUUCUCAUUGUACAGUUUGUUGAUGACAGUUUUGUUGUUGAAGCGAAUUUGGAGAUAAAUGUGGCAAAAUUAA